AUGUUCAUCUUGGAUGGACCGAGGGUGAGUGUUGCUGGAUGCUGUGCCAAGUCCACCAUAGCACCUCUUGAUAGAGUGAAAAUUUUACUACAAGCUCAAAAUCCUCAUUACAAACACCUUGGAGUGUUUGCCACACUUAAGGCAGUGCCAAAAAAAGAGGGUUUCCUUGGACUAUACAAGGGAAAUGGAGCCAUGAUGAUCAGGAUUUUCCCAUAUGGAGCCAUUCAGUUUAUGGCUUUUGAUAACUACAAAAAGUUCCUUAACACACAUCUUGGAAUAUCUGGGCAUAUUCAUCGGCUCAUGGCAGGAUCUAUGGCAGGGAUGACUGCAGUUAUUUGCACCUAUCCACUCGAUGUUAUCCGAGCUCGCUUGGCGUUUCAAGUGACAGGAGAGCAUCGCUACACUGGCAUACGAAAUGCCUUUCAGACUAUUUACCUUAAGGAAGGAGGAAUCUCUGGAUUCUACUGUGGUCUGACCCCUACAAUCAUUGGCAUGGCUCCAUAUGCAGGCUUUUCUUUUUUUACAUUCGGUACAUUGAAGACUCUGGGACUCACUCGCUUCCCAGAGCUCCUAGGCAAGCCGUCUCUUGACAACCCUGAUGUUCUUGUGCUGAAGACUCACGUCAAUCUGAUGUGUGGUGGAGUUGCUGGAGCAAUUGCUCAAACUAUAUCAUAUCCACUAGAUGUUGCCCGGAGGAGAAUGCAGUUAGGUGCGUCACUCUCUGAUUUUGACAAAUGUUGCAGCAGCCUCACAAAAACUCUCAAGCAUGUGUACACCCAGUAUGGUGUCAAGAAAGGACUGUAUCGUGGCCUGUCCCUCAACUACAUCCGCUGUAUACCGUCACAAGCUGUUGCCUUCACUACUUACGAGUUCAUGAGGCAAAUUCUUCACCUAAACUAGAACAAUCAGUGACUAAGCCUUAAAGGAACGUGUUGAAACGACCCGCAGCGACAUCACAGCAGUCCUGUCUGCCAUUCCAGAGACCAGUCAUCUGAAAUCCAGUUCUUACUAAACACCCACACAAACGGCAAACCUGUGGCUUUGCACAGCCCAGCAACAAUCACUAUGGAUACAGAGACAAAAGCUUGCUUUUCCGUUCUGUGUGGAUCAGAAACAACGACACUGGAAAUCCCAUGAAAACCUGCGUCUGAAACUUGCUUGUAAGAAGCCGUCCCAUUUCAGAUCGAACAAUAUGCCUUAAUCUUUCACUCAUAUAAGCAAAACACAAAAUCUCAGUCGAUUUGACCUAUGUGGACAGUUUCUCUAGGUAUAUCACAAUGCUUUUAACUAUGACUGAUGAAGUGAUUUUUAAGUCAAAUAUGGAAGUUGAUUUUUCUUUGCUAAAUUUCAUUCAUAUAUAGCUUUAUAUUUCAGCAAAUCUGAGUCACCUCAAGUCUUAUUGACUGAUAUUUGUCUCUUUUUGUGAUAAAGAUGACUUUCCUCUGCAAUUCAAUAAUACAGUGAAUGAAAGAGAGUGUACAUAAUGUCUAUGCAGUAUUCAGUCAUGUUUGCAUGCCGGUGUUACUGUGGCUCAAGUUUAAUAUCUGAUUGAUGCCUUACAGUGCAGGUUAAUUCACAAUCUCCCUUUUGGAAGAAAGCAAUCAAAUGCGAAUAUGUGUGGUGAUGAAUAUCACAGCUGAUAUGUAUAUGAAUCUUAAAUUAUUGUUCACUGAUUUGUGAUAGGAACUACAUGAAUCCCUUAAAUAGACUUUCACCAGGCCAGAUUAAAAUUAAUUUUUUGUUUUUUUAUAUAUAUAAAAUUGAUUUAUUGUUUUGUUUUGUAUUGUAUGGAAAUGUGCUCCCUCAAACGGUUGCCUCAUUUGCCUUCCGGUUGUAAUUACUUGCUUUUUUGUUGUUGUUGCCAUGUGGUGGCAGUGUUGCAGUGAAUCGAGUCCUUAAACCUCUUUAAAUUAGACUUUUCAUGAACAUGUUGAUCGUGUAGCGGCAUGUGUUUCCAAAGAUGAAAGGGAACAUUUAUGUGCGUACAUUCAACAACGACUGAUACAGUUUUAUUACUGAGUGAAUACGUGAGUUGUGAAGGUCAUGAUUCAUUGAUCACAUUUCAAGUUUAUUUGCACUAAAUGCCAUCAAGCUAAAUCAUUAGAAUGGGAGGAUUGUCUUAAACUUAUCUUUGCUGAUUCUUGAGAACUGUGGAGAAAGUUUGUCUUGCUGCUUUGGAUAAAUCGCCUUUAUUAUUUAUUUGUGUUAUAUUGGUAUAAUGAAUGGAUAUUAUGUCAGAUUGAAAUGGUUAAUAGGCAUUGAACAAAUUAACAAUGAGGAUACUUGUUUUGUAAAUGUGAUUAUUAAUUUGUAUGUAUGUUUAGAUGAAAUGUAAAUGUUAGACCAAUAUCUUUGGAAAUAAAAAUAAAGGCUUUUUUGUCUUGUG